AUGGAGCCAAGGUCACCAAAGUACGGAGGGCCCAGCUCCAAUCUCUCUCCCAGGUCACGGCUCCAGCUCACCGCACAACAAGAUCUCAGCCCCUCACCGAGCUCUUGUACUCACAGAAGCUUGACAAUCUACAGAAGGGACCAGGUGCAGAAGAUCUCUCCCUUGCCGAAGGGAGCUCAUGAAUCUCCUUUCAAACCUCUUGCCGAAGGCCUAGUCUCAAGGGAACCUCCCUCAAAAAUCCCAAUGAACCCUUGCCGAACGGCAAGGGUCGAGCUUCAGCUAAUUAGGGGCAAAACCAAAAAAUCUUGCCAAAUGUUCCUAGCUUCUCAAAACCAAAAACCCUGCCGAAGACCCAGCUACCUUGCCAAAACAAGAGUCCUAGCUAUUGCUUGCUGA